AGGUAGCUGUGGCGCGAGAACUUCCGGGUGCUUGAUCUAGAAAUGAGACGCUACCAGAAGGGCUGAAAAGCGUAUCGUGUUUGAGCAUAUGUCAGUCAGGAGAUGCGCUGUCGGCAGUGUGCAGGACGUCAGACACAACAACUUAAUUUUUUUUCUUUUCAAAAUUAAGUGAAGACGUUUAGUGUCAUAGGCACGUCUCCAUUUUGCAAAAAUGGAGUGUAAGAAAGACCGAGAACAAGACGUGGAAAAUAUUAAAAUUACAGCUGCUUUGCUCAAGUCAACCACUGGAGAAUUUGAUUUGGAAUCCAUAUUGUUUCUGAAACUUCGAGGACUUGGUAUCUGUGAUCUUGGCUGCAUUGGAUCCUGUUUAAAUCUGGAACGUUUGGACCUGUCAAUAAACAGUAUUACCUGCUUGACAUCUCUGGCUUCUUUAAAGCUGCUUACUGUGCUGAAUGUUUCUGGAAACAGAAUCACAAAUUUAGAACCCAUAAGCUUUUGUGAAAAUCUGCAAACACUGAAUGCAGCCGGCAAUUUAAUUUCAAGCUUUGAAAGCCUCCAUUGUCUCACCAGUCUAAAGAAGUUAGAAAGCAUUCGAUUCAAGGACUCUAUGUGUAACUUCUCUAAUCCAGUUUGCAAGAUCACAUCUUACAGAUGUACAAUUUUAGAGAUGUUUCCAAACAUUAAAGUAAUCGAUGGUGAGAGAGUGGCUGGAAGAGGGAGUGACUUAUAUCAGUUAUGCAAGGAUCUUGACGAGUCUCUAAAGGGCAUUUAUAAAAAUGGCCCAGGAGUAGAGGUCCCUGCUUGCAAACCUUGGGUUGAAGAAGGUUUUUGGGAAAUCAAAAGAUCAAACAAUGCAAUAAUAGAAGAAGCGUACAAGCAAUUCAAUGAUGUACUACAUGAAUGUCGACUUCUAAACAACAGAGCAUCACAUCUAAUUACUCAGACAGAGAGAACACUAAGCAACAAGAAUCAGACAAAGCUUUAUGUUGUCUAAAGCGGCUGUGGAACUAACAUACAGUCUCUAACAUACAGUAUGUAUAAGGCAGUUUUGUGUUUUCCUCUUCAUGGCAGAUACCAGUGCCAUGAACAGACUUUCCUGUGCAAUCCAUGUUAAUGCAGUGCUUUCACCCAUAGCUGCUGACGUAUUGUACCCUUUAAUGGUACUUUUUGAUCAUUUAAUUAAUGUUCAGGUAAAUUAAAAAUGGAAAAUAUUUUUUUGUGCAAGAGAAAUCAAAGCACAACGUGUGUGUGUGUAUAUAUGUAUGUAUGUGUGUGUAUAUAUAUAUAUAUAUAUAUAAUAUAUAUAUGGCAUAUAAUGCUGUGUUAAGGCAAUUGCAUGAAGCUUUUUGAAAAUGAAUUACACAGUUGAAUGUUUUCUCUGUGUGUGUUUUUUUUUCUUCUGUCCACACCCCCCCUUGGGGUCAUAAGUAAUAUAGGACAAUAUUUUAUGUGUAUAUGUUAACUAUAUGGAAAUUGUGCAUUUUAAAUAUUGUUUAUUUUAUACACUGGGAAACUUAACCUACUCAAAUGUUUAUAUGUUUGUUUUUGCCACAAAUCUAUAAAUAUGAACUAAAAAGAAUGAUAUAAUUGUGUUAUUUUCAGUAAGAAAGAAUGGCAAUAUUUUAUCCAUUUAUUAAUUCAUUUUUUGAUGAAGUACAUCUAAUAUGUGAAAGAAAAUUAUGUAAGGGGUACCAUGUUGGUCAUCAAAAUAUAUCGGGAAAAAUAUAGCAAAAUCUCUGCAAUACAUUAUAUGUAUUUAUAAAGCAACUACUUUUCCAGGAUCACAUCUAAUUUAUCAUAUAUUGGGUUUAUUUUUUAUGUAGAAAGAAAGAAAAAAUCAUUUUUAAUGACACUGUUUGUUUUAAAUCUAAAAUAAAGUAUAAAAUAUAUAUAUAUACCAUUUAUAGAUUUUGUUGAGCUAUGUGAAUAUACAUUUAUACAAUGGUAUCUCUCAGUUGCUAAAUGUACAGCCUUAUUUAGCCCUGCAUUAAAUGUGAGGGGUUAGAAAAUGGUUAGAUGAGUAAGAAAUGUUUUUUUUAUUGUUAUGUAUUUUAUUUUUGGAUGUAAAGAAGCAUAUAUCAUCACCUCAUUUGACUCAGCACAAAUUUUGUAACAAAAAAAUAUAAUUGUCUAACAAAUGAAAGAGA